AUGUCAUUACCGAUUAAAUUAUAUACUUUUGGAACUCCAAACGGACAUAAAGCCAGUAUUAUAUUAGAAGUUCUCGGUUUAAAAUAUGAUACAGUCGUAGUUGAUAUAACUAAAAAUGAAAGUAAAUCAGAUUGGUUUGAAAAAUUAAACCCAAAUGGUCGUAUUCCAACAAUUGAAGAUCCAAAUUUCAAAGAUGGUCCUCCAUUAAUUUUAAGUCAAACAGGAGCUAUAUUGCAAUACCUUGUUGAUACUUAUGAUAAAGAACAUAAAUUUAGUUAUCCAUUUGGUACAAAAAAUUAUUAUAAAACCUUGGAAUAUUUAAUUUUCCAAGUUUCUGAAAAUGGUCCAAUUCAAGGUCAAGCUAAUCAUUUUGUUAUUUAUGCAAAAGAAAAACAUCCUUAUGCUAUCAAUCGUUAUUUAACUGAUACAAAAAGAAUAUAUGGAGUUUAUGAAGAUAUUUUAAGUAGAAACAAAGAAAAUGACUCAAAAUUUCUUGUUGGAGAUAGAUUGACUAUAGCUGAUUUUGCAUUAUUCGGUUGGGCCAAUCGUUUGGUAAAUUUAAAUAUUGAUAUUCAUGAUUGGCCAUUAUUAGGAAAAUGGUAUGAUGCAAUUAAAGAAAUCCCUGCUGUUCAAAAGGGUUUGAAAGUUCCAAGUUAA